CCCUUCAGUCGGGCUAGAGGGAGUCGCUCCCCGGCCGCACGGGACUGGACCGGUCCGCAGAGCGGCAUCACCAUGGGCCUCCAGCGCAGGGUGAUACGGCUCCUCGCCUGCAACCGGGUCUGGGGCAAUGGCUGGCUGAGGGGGCCAGCCCCGCGCGGCGCUGGGAGCCCUCCCGCCGCCCGGUGCUCCCUGUCCGCCGGGCAAGCCGCCCCCGAGGGCGCGUACGAGCAGGCGUUCAGGGCCGCCGUGGCGGAGCCCGAAAAGUUGUGGGGAGAAGCCGCCGGGCGGAUCCAGUGGCACAAACCCUGGGCCAAACUCGUGGACAGGAGCAACCCGCUCGUCGCCUCCUGGUUUGUGGAUGGAGAGCUGAAUAUUUGUUAUAAUGCUGUAGAUCGUCAUGUUGAGAGUGGACAUGCAGACAAGAUUGCUAUUAUCUAUGAUAGUCCUGUAACAAACACUAAACAGGCUAUCACUUACAAAGAAGUUCUUGAACAGGUCUCCAAGUUAGCUGAUGUUAUGGUGAAAUACGGUGUGAAGAAAGGAGAUUGUGUUGUCAUCUACAUGCCCAUGAUUCCACAGACAAUGUAUACCAUGCUGGCAUGCGCAAGAAUAGGAGCCAUACAUAGCCUCAUUUUUGGUGGAUUUGCAUCUAAAGAACUUUCUAGUCGCAUUGAUCAUGCAAAGCCCAAACUUGUUGUAACUGCAACUUUUGGGAUAGAACCAGGAAGGAGAGUGGAAUACAUGCCGCUUCUAGAAAGAGCACUGGAGAUGAUACAGCACCAACCUGAGAAAGUUCUCAUAUACAGUCGACCUCACUUGGGAACUGUUCCUCUAGUCUCAGGUCGUGACCUUGAUUGGGAUGAAGAAAUAGCAAAAGCCAAGCCUCAUGAUUGUGUUGCUGUUCGUUCAGAUCAUCCACUUUACAUUCUUUAUACGUCAGGAACGACUGGCUUGCCCAAGGGUGUUGUUAGACCAACAGGUGGCUAUGCGGUUAUGUUGAACUGGACAAUGUCAGCUAUAUAUGGACUCAGACCUGGAGAGGUAUGGUGGGCAGCUUCUGACUUAGGCUGGGUAGUUGGCCAUUCCUACGUUUGUUAUGCACCUCUCCUGCAUGGGAAUACAACUGUUUUGUAUGAGGGGAAGCCUGUGGGAACGCCAGAUGCUGGUGCUUACUUCCGUGUGCUAGCAGAGCAUGGAGUGGCUGCCUUUUUUACAGCACCAACUGCAAUUAGAGCAAUCCGUCAGCAGGACCCUGAGGCAGACUUGGGAAAGCAGUACUGUUUGACAAGGUUCCGAACAUUAUUUGUAGCUGGUGAACGCUGUGAUGUGGAGACAUUAGAAUGGUCCAAAAAAGUCUUCAAGGUCCCAGUGUUGGAUCACUGGUGGCAAACUGAAACUGGAUCUGCAAUUACUGCUUCCUGCAUCGGUUUGGGAAACUCUACAACUCCUCCACCAGGACAGGCAGGAAAAUCAGUGCCAGGAUACAAUGUGAUGGUUCUGGAUGACAACGAGCAACCAGUGAAGGCCAAGACUUUAGGAAAUAUUGUGGUAAAGUUGCCUUUGCCUCCUGGAGCCUUCUCGGGUCUCUGGAAAAAUCAGGAAACGUUCAAGGAGUUAUAUUUCCAAAAAUUUCCCGGAUACUAUGAUACCAUGGAUGCUGGGUACAUGGACGAAGAUGGCUACUUAUAUGUCAUGUCUCGAGUUGAUGACGUGAUCAAUGUUGCAGGUCAUAGAAUUUCUGCAGGUGCAAUUGAGGAGUCUGUUCUUUCCCAUGGAGCUGUGGCUGAUUGUGCUGUUGUUGGCCAAGAGGAUGCCUUAAAAGGUCUUGUCCCAUUAGCACUAUGUGUAUUAAGAAAUGGUAUAAAGACAGAGGAGGAGAUAGUUUUGGAAGAAAUUGUUAAGCGUGUUCGAGAAAGCAUUGGCCCAGUGGCAGCUUUCCGAAAGGCAGUGUUUGUGAAACAGAUACCAAAGACACGUUCUGGCAAAAUACCACGUUCUGCUCUUUCUGCUCUUGUCAAUGGCAAACCAUAUCAGAUAACUCCAACCAUUGAAGAUCCUGGUGUGUUUAAACACGUAGAAGAAGUACUGAAGAAAAAACAAUAAUGUGACUUUUAUCCAUCCUACAGUGUUUUUUAACAGUAAACUUCCGAACGUCUGGAAUAAAUGAAGAAAUUUUGUAUUCGGUAACACAGUUAUAGAACAUAUUUUAGAAGUCUGAAAUAACCUGGCACUAAUUUUAUUACUACAAGACUGUUGCUGCUUUCUGUGUCAUAUCAUCAUGGACAGUGAAACAUUUUGAGUUUUGGCAGUAUUUGUCAUUUGUAUUAUACUGGAGGUUUAGACAGAAAUGAAGUAGAUACUUACAGCAGAGAGUUUUAACAGAGCCUUGUGAAGAGGAUUCAUAAAUUCAUAGAGUUCAAGGCCAGAGGGGACCAUCAGAUCAUAUAGUCUGACUACCGUAUAACACAGGUUCUUAAUUUCACCCAGUAACCCCUGCACUGAACACAAUAACUUGUUUGGCUAAAGCAUAUCUUCUAGAAAAGUAGCCAGACUUGAUUAGAUGAUUUGGAGAAUCCACCACUUCCCUUGGUCACUUCUCAACCUUUUUUUGAUAAACUAAACAGAUUGAGCUCUUUAAGACUCUCACUAUAUGGCAUUUUCUCCAGCCCUUAAAUCAAUUUUGUGUCUCUUUUCUGCAUGUCUCCCCAGUUUUUCAGCUUCUUUUUAAAAUGCGGACACCAGAACUGUAUGCAUUAUCUCAAUAUCAGUUUCACCAAUGCUGCAUGAAGAUAUAAAAUCACCUCCCAACUCCUACACCCUGUUUAUAUAUACAAAGAUCACAUUAGCAGUUUUUGCCACAGCAUCGCACUGGGAGCUUACGUUGAUUUUCUCUACUAUGACCCCUAAAUUCUUUCCAGCAUACAGACUCCCAUUCUAUAGGUCUGGCCCGCGUUCCUUGUUCUACUCCUGGUAGAAUUCUGCGCCAAAAAAUUAAAAAUUCUAUGCACAAUAUUUUAAAAUUCUGCAUAUUUUGUCAAAAUAAUAUAAUCACACCAGUUUCAAUUAUUUUUGGUCAUUUAUUUCAAAAUACUACCUGUCAACAAGUAUGUCUGUAACAAUACAGACAACAAAAAAAGACUCAGGAAAUGUUUUUUGACAAACAGAUUCCUUACUAGGCAUAUUAAUACAGAACUCUGAGUAAUAAUUCAUUUAAACUACAACACAGAACCAUAUUUCCCACACCCCUCAGAAGCAGAGCAAAGGCUUGGGGGAGUCAGGGGUAACGGAGGAGUUGAGGGAGAGGGAGGUAAAUUGCUGGGAAGGAGCCUGGGUGUGGUGGGAAAAGUGUGGAAUAGAUUUUUUUUGGGGGGAGAGGCAGGGAGGGAUUGUUAAGGAGCUUCCCCCAUGCAGACCCUGGCUGACCCCUAGCCUCUCCCAUUCAGUCAGGCACAUCCGCCCUGUCCCCGUGAGUCUCUGUGCCCUCACCCAGCCACUCCCUGUCCCUAUGCAGCUCUGCCCCACCUCCCCUUGUCCCCAUGUGUGUCUGCACCUCCCUUGCCCUGUGCCUCAACUUCCAUUCAGCCCCUGCCCCAGUCCUCCCCCACUAGCCCUUAUGAGCCCCUGUCUGACACCUCACUCACACAGCCCCGUCUCCUGACCUGGCAUGACAAGCGCUGGGAAGGCAGCUCUCUUUCUCUUCCCUCGCUGGUGGGGAGCUGCAACUUUGUUCUGUCGCCACAGCACCCUCUGGUGGGCAAAAGGCAGAACUGCAGCAAUAUUUUGUCAGAAGCUCUUUCUGCGCGAAAAAUUAGAAAUCUGUGGGGCUCAUUAAAUAUGUGCACACGCAGUAGCGCAGAAUUCCUCCAGGAGUACUUGUUCUUAGAUGUAUAACUUUGCAUUUGGCUGUAUUUGGAUGCAUUUUGUUUGCAUAGUCCCCAGUUACCAAAUUAUCCAGAUUGCUCUGCAUGACUGCCCAGUCCUCAUCAUUAUUUACCAUUUCACCAAUCUUAAUGUCAUCUGCAAAUUGGAUCCCUAGUGAUUUUUAUAUUUACCUUCAGCUCACUGAUGAAAAUGUUGAAUUGUAUCAGGUAUCAUACUGAUCCCAGUGGAUUCCCACUAGAAAUAUCUCCAUUCAAUGAUGAUUCCCCAUUGACAAUUACUUUUUGACAGACGUCUUUUAGCCAGUUCUUAAUUCAUUUAGCUGUGUUUUAUUGAUAAUCGUAUACUGCUAAUUGUUUUAAUCAGAAUGUCACAUGAUACUUUGUCAAAAUCACUUAAAUAUACGUAUAUUACAUCUUGCUGUUACUUUUGUCAACCAAACUUGUAAGCUUUUCCAAAUGAAAUCAGGUUUGUUUGACAAGACCUAAUUUCAUAAAACCAUGUUGCCUAGCAUUAAUUAUAUUCCUAUCCUUCAAUUUCUUAUCUGUUGAAUCCUGUGUCAGCUUUUCCUUUAGUUCGUCCAGCAUUGAUUUCUGGCUAAUUGGCCUAUAUUUACCCAGUUCAUCUCACUUAUCCUUUUUAAAUAUUGGCACAUUCCUCCACUCUUCUGGAAGCUUUUUGAAAGUUAUCCAGGCCUACUGAAUUGAAAAUGUUAAUCACUAGUAGAUGUUGCUUAACAUCCUCUUGGACUAAUGGACUGGACAAUACAAGCGCAUAAUCUUGCUUCAGUUCAAAUAUAAAACACAGCUAUUUAUUUUCUGCAGCAGUAUUAACAAUUUUACCAUCUUUGCCUAGUAAUGGGCCUAUACCAUUGCUAGGAUUUCUUUUAUUCCUAAUGUACUUUAAAAAUUCCUUCUUAUUGUCCUUAGCCCUCGCAGCCAUGGAUUUCUCGAUGUUUUUAGCUUCCCUUAUCCAUUUUCUACACUUCACACAUUCUAAUUUAUAUCAAUUGCUAUUCCUCCCCUUUUUCCAUUUGUUGUAUGUUGAUUUUUUUAUUCCUAAUUGCUGCCUUCACUUUGCCACUGAAUUAGGAUUGGCUUUUAGCCAAAUUUUUUAUCUUUAUUGAUUGUGGACUUAUGGCUUUUUGGCCAUUGACUUGGUGGUGCAGCAUGCUAAUUUGCUUGAUGCUUUUCAUGUGCAUCUUUACUUUAAAGUUAUGUCACAAAUAGAGGGGAAAGAAGGAAGGAAAGACAAAGACUGAAUUAGGACUGGAUAUCUUUCUAAAAUAUAUCUCCAGCUCAUACAAAAGUUAUGGGCUUGAUGCAGAAAUUACUGGGUGAGGUUCUAUGGUCUGUGUUAUGCAGGAAGUGAUUGUAGAUAAUGAUAAUAGUCCCUUCCAGCUUUAAAAUCUGUGAACAUCUGUUUAUGGAUGACCAUCACUAUAUCCUUAAUUCAUAUCAUAUUAAAAACAAAUAAGAUACAGAAUGUUGACUUAAUGAUGGAUCAUCUAAAUUUGGAAUUUUCUGGCCUUUUACAGUGCGUGCCACUCUUAAGAUAAUGAAAGGGAUAACCAGAUUCUAUGUGUGUAUACUGCUGCUGAGCUAACCACAUGCUUCAGGCUUGCAGUGAGAAACGGGAACACUGGCAGCUACCAGGUAACAUGAUAACUGUUGGCUAAUUGAUGAUAAACAAAGAGCCACUGACCAUCUUUUUUACAGCAGUUUCUGACCUCCUUCUCUCUCUCCCCUCCCCCCCAUAAAGCAGAGCUGUCCUUCCUGGGUAAGCCCCAGUCAAAUUCUGCCCCAUCUUAGUUAUGGUGCAGUCAUUCUCAGAAGGUGCUGAAUAUCACGGAGAGUUGUUUGAGCACCCCAUGCAUUUAUGAGGUCAUUGCAGGCUGCAGCUGCUAACGCAGUCAAAGGAGAGAGCUUGUACAUUUGAGUGUGUUCUCCGUUUCAAGUGGUAGUUUUUAAAGCAGAAUUAAAUUAAUAGUCUUUAUUUUAAAAUAAAUAUUUACAAAAUUCAUACAAUAGAUUUUAAAAAACAAACAUUCAAAGCAAAGAAGUCAGCAUUUCCUGCCAUACAAAAUGACAUUAAGCAACAUGUGAAUUCAAAAGUUGCUAUAAUGAGCGAGAGACUCACUUAGUGAAGCUAUGCUAAGGGAGAGUUCCUUAGUGAAGAUAGUUUAGGGAUCUCCAGUUAUUUUACAGAUCGGUCCAUAGCUGAGGGAUAUAUUUUGUUUGAAAGAGUAUCUAUAGGGAUUUGUGUAUCAGGGGGUAGUCUGAUACAUACAGGUGUUAGUCUGUAGCCACAAAAACAACAAAGAGUCCAGUGGCACCUUAAAGACUAACAGAUUUAUUUGGGCAUAAGCUAUCGUGGGUAAAAAACACUUCUUCAGAUGCAUGGAGUGAAAAUUACAGAUACAGGCAUUAUAUAAUGACCUCACAAGUGGAGAACCUGAUCGAAUUGGCCCUGUCAACACUCAGAUAGAAUGAGUAGAGUCACAUAAUAAUUGAGUCCAUAGUUAAUCUUAUGCUUUACCAACCAGGAUGAAUAAAUUAACAAUCCUGCUCUUCUGUUCAAUUCGGGUGAAAUCCACCACCUAGGCAUGGCCCAGCAGCAAGACUAGCCACUACUUAAAACCUCAAAAUAAAGGUUGAGGGAGGACUUACAUAGGGGAUAGGUCCUCUGCACAGAUUUUAAAUUUUCACUCAUGAGACACGGAUGUGAGUAGUACUGUUGAGUUCAGUAAAUUACUCACCUGGGUGUUUGCAGGAUCAGCUCCUUAAUUUCCUCAGUUUGGCUAUAAAAAUGACAUUUUGCAGCUUUCUCCUUCUACUGCAUUUGCUGUCUCUUUGUAGGCAUCUAAGAUGAUCUCUAUGCAUGUAUUUGUCGCUUUGGAGGGAAGACAGAGAUGUCCCUAUGAAUGCUGCAGUGCUGUCUACCUUGGCUUCAUUAGCUAACUAACGUUAAUCUAAAGUGUGCUGCCUAAUAUGGAGUGAAUCAAAAGCUCCAAAAGUUGCCUCUUCUGAAGAUUAGUGUCAAGUUCUGAGGUAUAAAAUUGCAGAAAAUCUAAAUUAUUGACACUAACACCAGAGCACUGUACAACAAAUAUGGCAGCUGUAAAUAUAUACCAAGAGCCUUCUUCACCACUGUCUUGCAUCUUGUUUAGAUCGGUGGGGAAAAUGAUACCAAAUCAGAUACCAAAUAUUUCUGUGAAUAUGAAAAAUUGAGUAUAGCAGGCUAGUUUUGUUUGUACUUUAUUCAGAUAAGAACUACUUUGUGAGUCAUUAGUUUGGAUGCAGGUGUCUUAUCCUGUGGACUAUAGAGUUGUAUGGUAGUUGCUUUCCUAUGUAAUAAAAUUGAUGAACAUUUAAAAGUAAA